GCAACCCUUAUAUAACUAAAAGAACCCAAGUCCUUUAAAGCGAGCUUGUCCCUCCCAUUUAAAAUUAGGGUUUACGGCGAAGAGGCGCAGCCAUAGCAGAAGCUCCUGAAAUUGCUAGCAAUGGCGAGGAUCAAGGUUUACGAACUGAGGCAGAAGACGAAGGCUGAGCUGUUGAAUCAGCUGAAGGACCUAAAGGCGGAGCUUGCCUUGCUUCGUGUCGCUAAGGUCACCGGAGGUGCCCCUAACAAGCUCUCCAAGAUAAAGGUGGUGAGGUUGUCGAUUGCGCAGGUUUUGACGGUGAUUUCUCAGAAGCAGAAGGCUGCGUUGAGGGAUGCCUAUAAGAACAAGAAGUACUUGCCUCUUGAUCUGCGCCCUAAGAAGACUAGGGCUAUUCGCAGAAGGCUUACCAAGCACCAGGCAUCAUUGAAGACAGAGAAGCAGAAGAAGAAAGAGACAUAUUUCCCAAUGAGGAAAUAUGCUAUCAAGGUGUAACACUAGAGCAAUCUUAUCUAUUAAUUGGACAUUUACCUCCUUUAUACUUGACAAGUUUUGAUACAUCUCGUUUUGUAGUUUCAUGUUGGAAUCGUUGCUUAUCAUUGCCUUUUAAUUAUUAUGUCUUUAGACCGGUGUUUCUUGAAGCUACCAGUAUUCAUGCGAAUUGUUAGUUUCUUUUGUUAUUUUCAGUUCAAAAUUGAAAAAAUGCAUUACAUUUUUGUCAUUUAUUUUUA